AAACAUCGCAUACCAGAUAUAGCAGUUUUCACUGUGGCAUCCAAUGCGUUAAUGGUCCAGUACUCUUGCAGCUGAAUAAUAAAUACCUUCGAUCUGCCAAGCUCGUCGGCUUAAAAUUUAAGCUCUAAAUGAAAGUGUGUCAUCUGUCCAUCGGAUAGAAUCCAUUGACGCAAUAACUGGCCACUUGAUAAAACAUCUCCAUCAAUUUAAUUGCAAAGUUUAAAUCGUUUAAAAUCGUUCAGAUGAGAGGUGUGUAUUUAAAUUGCUGAUCUGACAGGAGAAAAUUCGACGGUCCUUUCAAGGGGAUUUGCGAGUGUUGCACUUCCGUCGACACUGCAGAAAGCAAGAUUGCAUUGCCGAAGAUAAAGUAACGAUUUCAUUCCGUCAGCAAGUAGCUAGCCCGAAUAUGUGCUUUACCCUAUCCUCUAUUGAUCGUAAAUCGUCGGAGAUUAAAUGUGACCAGAUGUCGAGAGCGUCCAAUGCGAACAAGAGCACUUCUUUACGAUCGGGCGACAAGCACGCUUGCAAUUAUUGGAAAAAUCCAAACCGUACACAGUUAAAGGUCCAACGAGUAACUCGAAUGUUGAAAAUUUCAUCGACUACGAGGUAUCGAAUUAAUCAAUCUUGUUUCCGAUGUUACUCAAUUAAUACACAUCAAUUUUUAUGCAAUUUUGAUAUGAUAUAGAACCCGAAUAAGUACGUAUAUUCAACACGUGUUUUCUGGGGGUGAAAACCCCCUGGGUCAUAUAAUGGAAUGGCAAGAUACUGUGGAGCACUUUACCAGCUCUUAACGCAGCCUGAUAAGAAACAUUUAAAAAAACUACCUAUACGAGAGGUCGAAAUCUCCCAUUUUCACCUGGUACCUAAUAGCCGUGGUUCCAUGGAAUCUCUGCAUGUUCGCGUCGACUUUUCCGCAAGAAGGAAGAAAACGCGAAGGACGAGGCACGAUCGUCUGCCUUGGCGUGGUCCGUUACGGAGUGGGAGUGGAGGAACGGGUGGCAAGCAGAGGGUGGCUCUGUGCCGCGUAAUCGUAUCGCAUGCAGUCGUCUAGCGUGAGUCCGCGCGAGUGGAUUGUCGAGGUCGCAUCGCAUCGUCUCCUCGGGUUGUAUCUCGGACGUCGGGGCAUUCUCGCUUCGGCCAAAACAACCCUGUUCGACGAACUCAACCCUUAUACAUUUUGCCACGGUCUCGAUCACGGACAACAAACGUGAGCAUUAUGCGCGUUGCCAGAGGGCGAGUACGCGUGAACCAGCUUACAAACGUCGUACCAGAAAAGGGUGAAAACGGAAACGAGCCUCGGAUGUUCGCGCGUUUACCGAGUCUUUGACACACUGGGUCAAAACUUGAUCCAUAGUAGAAACGAGCCGAUACACGGUCGUAGAACAACCUCGCGUUUUUUUCAUCCCUACCGACCACCAACCCCGUAUCUCCUAUUCUAUUUUACCCUCCGUUCCCUUGAACCCGUUUCUUUUUAACCACCGCGUGUACCCUCGGGACUGCUUAGAACACCCACGACACGUUGAUUUGCUACCCUUGUUACGAGCCACGUAGACAAAAAUAUUGUAGCGAUUGUAAUAUUAUAACGACAAGUGCAACGACGAGGAAGGGUUACGUUUUUUUAUUUGUUCGCAUCUGAAAGAAGCUUCGAAGACGAUCUUAGGUGAACACCACGCUUCUUUCGUCUACUGGCACACGAUUUUUAUUUGUUACGAAGUCUUCGAGUUUGCCACGAUACUCUCUGGUGGACAGACGAUCUUCAGGUGACGAGACGGGAAAGAGUUGACUCAUGACCUCGUGACGAGCGAGCGAUGCGACGGUGAACGAAAGAGAAUGCUCGAUAGUCGGUAAAAGUUGACGAGCCAGGAAGAGGAAUUAUGCCGGACAAAAAUCGAGGCUGCCGGGAUGGACAACGCGACAAAGAUAUCUUUGCCGACGAGAUAUCGUCCAUCGGCAUGUCGCUGCGGCCCAGCGGUAGCGCUUCUUCCGGCAUCUCAACCCUUGCAAGCUGUGGCGAAGUGGACGCGUUGCCAGAAUUACCGGCACAGGACGAGGAACGAUUGCAACGCGCUGCACGUUUGCUGCAACAGAGGCUGGUUUUACGUCAGUGGUUGACGGACCAUGGCCUGCAUAGCCAUUACCAAAAGUUGAUGCAGAUGGAAGUGAUGUCUCUGGAGGACGUGUAUUGGGUGGAGGAGAACACGGUACGGACAGCUUUUGGCAAAGAUCUACAACGAUGGAACGAGGCCAGACAGACAUUGCCUAUUUCAAAGGAAGAUUUAGAAACCCUGAAGGCUGAUCUGUGGAGUGCCGUUGUCAAAAACAGCCAACAUCAAGACGCCUGGACAUGGGGUGGUAUGUUGGUAGUUUCUGUGUCGGUAGCAGGGCUAGUGACCCUGGCUGCUAUGACACAGCCAGCUCUAGCACCGGAAGCAAAACACUCCCUCCUGCAGUAUGUGACUGGAAAGUAUUUAUUACCAAGCAACUGCCGCGUUCACUUUGAAUGGGAUGAGCCACAGCUCGUAGGAGAGACAAUGACUUUUACCGUGAAGUUCUAUCAACGCAACGGCCAACCGUAUCCAAUCUGCGACAAGGACAAUUUAAUCGUAGAAGUCACAGAAGGAACGCGAAAGGUGACUACCCUGAUAGAGUUGGGAGGCACCGAUCCCUUAGCUGCAAACACCGCAGUGGUCAAGUUUACUGUCCGGUAUGCUGGACAAUAUCGAAUAGCUGUACUUAUUGGUUCGUGUCACGUACACGGAAGCCCAUUUCUUAAGAAUUUCCUUCCCGGUCCUCCAGAUCCAAACAAGACCGUCUUCGUACGACAAAGUUCUACGGUAGUUUGUACAGCUAGAAUUGCGCACUCUAUGACGAUAGAGCCACGAGAUGAAUACGAUAAUUUGUGUAUAUUUAGAAACGGCGAUAGUCCUACGGAAGGAUACCAAGUCAAUAUUACUCAGACUGGCAUUGAACCGGAUAAACCAAUGGGAGCGAAUUGUAGUAUACAACUCGAUUAUGGCUCUCCAAUUCAAAGGAUUCGAUUGAAAGUUACCUUUCCGAAGGGUGGUUGUUAUCAUGCAACAGUCAGUUUAGCUGGACUACAAUUGCACAACGGGGAUUUUGACAUCAUUGUACUCGAAAGUGAUGUUGCAAGGAUGGUACACCACAACGUGGCCACAAAAGACCCCGAUAUUUGUUAUGCUGCGAAAUUGUUGGGUAUGCAAGGCGAAAAGUUUUCAAAACCGAAAAAAGUUUUCUGUUUCAUUUCACCCAAACAGCUUACGAUCAAGGAAUAUUUAUUGAGAAUAAUUCCGAAAAGACUAGUUACUUUCAGGCUUUGUCCAUCUACCAAAUUCCAUUUUGAUUGUCCGACUAAUCAUUACGAUGGUUACCAUUCUUUUUCUAUCGACGAUGGAUGUCAACCACCUGUCGAAUUAAUUUCUUUGUACCGAGACAUAAUAGCCGCUACGUUUACGUUGUUCCUUUUGAAAAACAUAGGGGGAAGCGAAACAUUCGCUGACAAGCAAGAUUUCUUUUAUCACGAAGUUCGAAAGCAUCAUCAGAAACAUUGUCAUGAAAAGCUUUCGAUGAAAGUUCAACGGGACAAAUUAUUGGAGUCGUCUAUGAAAGCCAGCAAAGGAUUUUCCGUGAACGAUUGGUGCCGGAAUUUCGAAAUUACCUUUCAAGGGGAACAGGGUGUUGAUUGGGGAGGUUUAAGGCGAGAAUGGUUCGAACUAAUUUGUGCGGCUCUAUUCGAUUCAGGAAACGGCUUAUUCGCUUCCUUUGGAGAAUCACAACAAGCUUUAGUACAUCCUAACAGUAAACGGCCUCAACACCUUAAAUUAAAACACUACGAGUUUGCAGGAAGAAUCGUGGGAAAAUGCCUAUAUGAAUCCGCGCUUGGUGGCUCCUAUCGCCAAUUAGUGCGUGCAAGAUUCACAAGAUCAUUUCUUGCACAAAUCAUAGGCCUCAGAGUGCACUAUAAAUAUUUCGAGCAAGAUGAUCCGGACCUAUACCUGAGCAAGAUAAAAUAUAUUCUUGAGAACGAUGUUGAGGAAAUGGAAUUGUAUUUUGUAGAAGAAGAAUACGAUAAAGACGGUCAAUUAUUAAAAGUAGCUGAACUAAUCCCAGGUGGUAGCAAGAUCCGAGUCACUAACGACACGAAACUGCGUUAUUUGGAUGCACUGGCGCAACAUAGACUCACCAGUUCUAUACGAAACGAAGUAGAACAUUUUUUAAGGGGCCUGAACGAGCUAAUCCCCGAUAACCUUUUAGGCAUAUUUGAUGAAAAUGAACUAGAAUUAUUACUGUGUGGGACUGGAGAAUACAGCGUGGCAGAUCUACGCGCCCAUCAUAUAGCUAAUGGACGUACUCCAGAGUUUCUCAGAGUUCUCGAUUGGUUUUGGACAGCAGUUAGUAACUUCACACGGGAAGAGAUGGCCCGAUUAUUACAAUUCACUACAGGUUGCUCGCAGUUACCACCCGGUGGAUUUCAACAACUAAGUCCACGAUUUCAAAUCACAGCAGCACCAACAUUUGCUAAUUUGCCUACAGCGCACACUUGCUUUAAUCAACUCUGCUUACCCGAUUACGAAUGUUACGAUCACUUUGAACGUGCUUUAUUAUUAGCGAUUAGCGAGGGUACAGAAGGUUUUGGUAUGAUUUAAACGAGAUUAUUUAUCCACUAAUUUCUAGUCUUAUCCUAACAACGAUGUUUAAUUUUUCUUUCAUAUUAUUAACAUAGUUUUACUUAAGAAGAAAAGAUAAUGUAAUUUUCUCUAAAUGAGAAAACCACUUUUAUUGCACACUUUGAUACGUGACUUAGAGAUUAUUGAAAUUAUCCUUUAUUGUGUUUUGCUAAACGACUAUCAAAGAACAAUCCAAUGUUUUAAAACAUAAAAGAUCAACGAUAUAUGUACUGAUAUUUUUACUGGCUUGCGGUAACGUUUUUAUAAAGAGGUGAUACAAAGAGCAAUCUUACAGGAACAUCUAAAUUGCUCAAUUUACUGUAUCAAGGUUUGUUGUAAUAUAAAAGUAUUGUAAAUUUUAAUACUCAUAAAAGUAAGUACGUACACGUUCCUCAAGCCAUGAGAUUCGACAUAUUCAGCUCUACAGUUCUGUCGAAAUGCGAUGAAAUAAAUUUCUUUCCUUUACGUAAUUGCUGCAGUAGAUGAAAAUAGCACAUAAUUCAGUAAAAUCUGAAAAAAUUGUUAUUCAUUUUCCUCUUUUAAGUUUCUUAUAUGCAAUAUUAAAAAAAUACAUACUACUCGACCUCUAAUAUUUUUAUAGAUGUAGUGUCAUUCACACCUUCUUUUUUAAUUACUACGUACGUUUUCUCAUUUGGAAUUUGUAAAAAAUAGCAAGUCAGCGAGUACGAUCAAAUCCAGUCUCAGAAUCGUAGAACAGCAUUAUUUGUUGUCGCGAUUAAUAUAUGCAAUAACAGAUGUUUUAGAACGACUAGCGAAAGUUACAUACUACACCUAUGUACUCAGUACCGAUGUACUCAGAAACAAGUGAAACGAUUUUGUGAUAACAAGAGCGAAUCUUCCAACCGAAAUAUGUGCCGUCUCUUCGCUUCAAGUAAGAUACAAAAAUGAAUCCAUCGUAAUGGUAAAAGUAGAAAAAUGAGGAUACCGCAGAGAUGUUAUCAAACGAAACGAAAAAAUCAUAAUUUUAUCUUGUACUUAAGUACACAAUAAUGAGAAAUGUGAUCAGACACGUCGUAUUUGUGUCACUCGUACGUGGUUACUUAGAUUUUAACGGUCUACUGUAACGUGUUUGGAAAAAAAUAAUGUACCGUGGGCAUCGCUUUAAUUUCUCCUUGUUUUGUCUUUGCUGAAACGUAGACAUUAUGUAAAAUAUGGCUUAGACACGAUUACUUGUACAUAUACAUUUAUCGAUUACCAAAUGCAUUUGUUGUUAUUGCUGUUAUUUCGUAGUUGAACAAAAAAUUAACCUCUAUGGCAAAUUAUCUAACGUUCAGCAGUGCUGACGGUACCUUAUUUUGAUCAUUUUAUCAUGUUACGCGGAAAAGAAACAUGUAAAAUAUAGAUUAAAAAAGUAAAACAGUA